CAGUUGCAAGCCAAUCUAUUGUGGAAUCUUUCACUCCAGAUUUAUCAACUGGUACCCUAGAAUGGGUCAGAGCAACCAUGGUAACUCAUCCUUUUUUCCAAGUAACUAAUAUACCCAUUGAAUCUUCUGCCACAGAUGAACACACUUCUUCAUUGGUAUCUCCUACAAUUUCACCAUCUCCAUUUCCAAAGGAACUCCCCUCUCUGCAACCAGAGACUGCUCUUGGGCGGGAGCAGCCAGUAUCCACUGAUUCCCCACAAUCGACUGUCCACACAUCUCCUGAACAGCAAAAGACCACACUGGCUGCAGAUGAGAAGCAGCCUAUUUAUGUUCCCACUAACAUGCCCAUCUUGGAAAAGCUACAGAUUCGCUAUGCUACUACAAGACAAAGUAUCCCAGCCAGACAAACUACCCCGCCCUUCCAUACACGAACAAAAUCAACCACGGCGAUCACAAGCGGUCAGCAUAUUCAUACUACAUAUGAAAGUAUUGCUAGGACUGAAGUACCUCCUUCUGUAUCUGCUAUGGCAACUCAAAAUCUCCCAGCAAAACAAAGAACAUCGCCCCCUCAUACUCAAAGAAAUACAAUCAUGGCAUUCACAGAAAGUCAGCAUAUUCAGACUGCAUUUAAAAGUAUUACUAGUACUGAAGUACCUCCUUCUGUAUCUGCUACUGCAAGCCAAGUUUUCUCAGCCAGACAAAGUACUCUGCCCACCCAUAUUCAUACAAAAACAACCACGGCAUUCACUGGAAGUCGGCAUACUUCUGCAACACAGGGCAAUAUUGUUAAGACUGAAGCGUCAUAUUCUAUACGUGGUACAAUUCCUUUUCCAUAAUAUUUCACAAGAUCUGUUGAUUAGACCAUACAAUUAACCUACAACAAGGCAGCUCUGUCAAUUAAGACAGCUAUAGUAACCACUUGUACCAC